AUGUCUCUUUUACCAGCACAUAGGGGGACCACAGCAUUUAGGUCCAUUUCAACUAUGCUUGGUAAAGGCAUUCAUAAGGCAGCAAGGAUCUCGUCUCGUAGUCCCAUCGAGAUGAUUGCGACUAUUCUUAUCUUGUCGUCCUUUAGCUACUUUUACCUCUUCAACAAGGCUCGUACAUCAGACAUUUUCUCAGGCACUGCAACACGUAUCUAUCCUACUUUUGUUUAUGCGGAUGCCAAUGCAGCACAAUUCAAAGAAAUUGCUAGUCAUGAACGAGACAGUAUUCCUAAUCACAUUAAAGUUCAACUCAAGCAAAUCUCCAUUACUGCCAAAUCUACAAGCAACUUAUUGGACAAACAAACCUUAUCUUCUCUCCUUCAAUUCCAAAACACCAUCGAACAUGCUCAAAUUGAUGAUUAUCUCAAUCAAGUCGGUUUUCAUUCCUUGUGCUUCAAGUUGCCCAACGGCGAAUGCUUCACUCAAUCCCUUUCGCAAGUAUUCAAGGAGCAAGACCUUCAAGAUAUCGAUCGAUCCAUUCACGACAAUCUCGAGGCCGCACAGACGAUCUUUGGUGACUUGAACCUGAACGAAUCGACCGCUUCUUCUGUUUCUUUUGCGUUUGCUUUCAAUACCUCUACAGAUUAUCGUCAACACCUCUCUCAUCUUUGGGAACAGAAACUGUCUACCUUGUCUACGUCUGACAUUGUUUCUUUAUCCAAGGCAAAUGAACAUCAAGAUAUCUUUACUUGGUUAUUUAUUGUCACCAAAAACAUUGUUGUUCGUAUCAAGGAGUUAAUUGAGCUUGCAGAUAACAUUGACAUUAUUGUCAUCUUGGCUGGCUACGUUAUGAUGUUGGCAACAUUUGCUUCACUCUAUAUCAACAUGAGAUCUUUAGGAUCUCGUUAUACCCUGGCCACUGCUGUCUUGCUCAACGGCUUUUUCUCAUUCAUGUUUGCCCUCUUGACUGUCAGUGCGCUUGGCAUAGACGUUUAUCCUGUCAUCUUGGCCGAAGCCAUUCCGUUUUUGGCUGUAACGAUCGGCUUCGAGCGCCACUCUAAACUGACAAGGCGUGUAUUUCAGAUUAGUAAAGAAACUCCGUUGACAAAACAAGAAAUUAGAAAAACGAUUAUGCGUGCUGUUGACUCGGUUGCAUUACCCAUCGCUCGGGAUGCCGUCAUGGAAAUCACUGUGCUUACUCUUGGCGCUAAAUCGGGAGUGGCUGGUCUCCGUGAAUUCUGCUUGCUUAGCGCUAUAUUAUUAGCAUAUGACUUCAUCAUUAUGUUUACUUGGUAUACAGCCGUAUUAGCUUUGAAAUUAGAGCUUCUUAGAAUCCGUGAAAUCAAUGGCAAGUCAAACAAAAUAGACAAGUCAUCUGCAACUACCGGAACCGGUUUUAUUCGUAGUGCAGUCGUCAAGGCGUUUAGUGAUACGACAAACACGACAACAGCAACGACAAGUUCAAGUGCAAAGACAGACGAACCCAUGAUUGGAAAACUUAAACUGUCGAUGAUUAUUGGGUUUGUUGCUAUGCAUCUAUUCAAGGUCUGUACUACCUUUGAAGGUUCCACUGGUCCUCAUGUUAGUGUUACAGAGCCUGGAAUUGUCAGAGUACUUGAAAGACUCCUUGAACAACACCGUGCAUCUGACCUUCGUCAUCUGCCUCUUCUCGUUCAAGUGUUCCCUCCUGUCCUCUUCCAUGUCUCAUCGCCACUUGGAAAGGGCCUUGUUCCCGAUAGUAUUAAAAGACCUCUCGACGUCCUCUUUGAUGCUUAUGCUGUCUAUAUCCAGCACCCGGUUAUCUCCAAAUGGAUUACCCUGGGUCUCUUCGUUUCCUUGUUCUUGAAUACCUAUCUCUUAAAGAUGGCUAAGGAACCAGCUAAACCAACAGCCAAUGCAUCUACCCCUAUUGAACCUACUCCUGUUCCUGUCGUGGCUCCUGUCACAACGACUGCAAUGGCCCCUAAGAGACACACCAGACAAGGGGUGAUUCGCACAGUUGAAGAAUGCAUGGAACUUAUUCAUACUCCUGACUCGCUAUCGGACGAAGAAGUGAUUGCGCUCGUACAAAAGGGCAAAUUAGCCUCCUAUGCGCUCGAAAAGGUGCUUGGCGAUCUCGAAAGGGCUGUCGUAAUUCGUCGUGCGCUGAUCUCACGUGCAUCCAUUACCAAGACCUUGGAACACAGUCUGUUGCCUUUCCACAACUACCAUUACGAUAAGGUCAUGGGCGCAUGUUGUGAAAAUGUGAUUGGAUACAUGCCUAUUCCUAUCGGUGUUGCUGGACCGAUGACCAUUGACGGUGAAUUGAUUCAUAUCCCCAUGGCUACGACUGAAGGCUGUUUGAUCGCCUCGGCUGCAAGAGGCUGCAAGGCUAUUAAUGCAGGCGGUGGAGCGACCACCGUAUUGACGGCAGACGGUAUGACCCGUGGACCCUGCGUAGAGUUCCCUUCGAUUGUAGGUGCUGCUGCCUGUAAACGAUUCUUGGAAGGAGAAGGUGCAGAGAUCAUCAAGGAGGCAUUUAAUUCUACAUCUCGCUUUGCUCGUGUUCGCAAGUUGAAAGUUGCUCUUGCCGGUCGUCUUGUCUAUAUCCGAUUCUCAACAACAACAGGCGAUGCCAUGGGCAUGAACAUGAUCUCCAAGGGUUGUGAAAAGGCCAUGAGUGUUCUCUCCACUCAUUUCCCCGAGAUGCAGAUCAUUUCUCUUUCUGGCAACUACUGUACAGACAAGAAACCGGCUGCGAUCAACUGGAUUGAAGGACGUGGUAAGUCCGUGGUGGCUGAAGCGGUGAUCCCUGGAGCCAUUGUUCAAAAGGUGUUAAAGACGACUGUGGCUGCUCUUGUUGAAUUGAACAUUUCAAAGAAUUUGAUCGGAUCGGCCAUGGCAGGUUCUGUCGGUGGGUUUAAUGCACAUGCGGCCAAUAUCCUGACUGCCAUCUAUAUUGCCACUGGUCAAGAUCCUGCUCAGAAUGUCGAAAGUUCCAACUGUAUUACUCUCAUGAAAGCCAUCAAUGACGGGCAAGAUUUACACAUCUCCUGUACGAUGCCCAGUGUUGAAGUAGGUACGAUUGGUGGUGGUACGAUCUUGCCUCCUCAACAAGCCAUGUUGGACAUGCUUGGUGUCCGUGGACCUCAUCCUACUGAGCCAGGCAAGAACGCUCAAAGACUAGCCAGAAUCAUCUGUGCCUCUGUCAUGGCAGGUGAACUCUCACUUUGUGCUGCCCUGGCUGCUGGUCAUUUAGUUCAAGCUCAUAUGGCUCAUAACCGUGCUACUACAGCAGCAGCGCCUGCUCCUGGUACAUGUAUCAAAUCCUAA